AUGUUGGGAGGACUUAAACUAAAAGUGACAUUUACACACGAAAAAACAUGUUUUGCUUAUAUCAGUCCAAAGUACAUCACAAAUAACGAACAGAACCAAUGUGUCCAGGUUUUAUCAAAAGACAAACCAAUCCUCCUGUGGGUAGUCUUCAACAAUUUUAUCCCAGAAGGUCACAUAGCCUGCAAUCAUAUAUAUAGCAGAAUGUUAGGUUUGGUGGAAGGAACGGAUGUGUUUGUGUCACCAUGUAUGGACAUUAAAAUACUGGAUGAACUGUAUGUGGACACAGACAGUCCUGACGAUCAGGAAAUCCUGGAACACAAUGUUGAACUACUGCAAUUAAAAAUACUAGAUCAACUGCGGCUUGUUGUAGCCAAUCAAAAGACUGUAGUGUGGAUAUCAGCAUCUAUGCCAAUAGUAUUCACACCGAAGCAAACUGGUAUAUUAGUGAACAGCAGUAAGAUUAUAGUGAAAAUAGAUGCAUUUAAUAGUCUACAUAGCUUUCCCACCAUUCCUGUAAACACAUCAAAGGAAAUGGAAAAGUUUAAAAACAUUGGUGCUAUAAACAAAGCCAUGAUUGGUCCGUAUUUAAAUAUACCAAAGAGGAUGGUGCUAAGAGGUUUACCUAUUGAUAGUGAUGGCAAAAGAAACUUAAUACAUCCAUAUAUAGUUUUUAUUCAUGAAGAUUUUAUUGAUGACAAAUAUAAGGACUUGACCGUAAUUCUGUCUACAAUGACGAAUAUACCCUCUAUAUUACAGGAAAGUGAUGACAAUACCGUUAAUAGUAAUAGACCUAUAAAUGAUUUGUGCGUAGAAAUAGUUCCCAUUGACAGUGUGAUCUACAGAAGUCUCUGUCGGGAGGUGUACAAUGAAAAUAUACCGACAGUACUUAUCCCAAAAUCUUUAAACACUAUUAUCAAUAUAGAAAAUGGAAUGAAAUUAAUUUUUACAAUAGUUAGAGAUAGAAUCGAACAACCGGACCACAUUGAUGUUGUUACAUACUCAGACAAACCACAGUCUGAAAUGGAUGUGAUAGAACAAUUCAAAAAUUGUGUUAUCAAGAGCACCCAUUCUGGUAAAAAGUUUCUUAUAAACAAUGCAAUGAUCAAGCAGAAUGCUGAAAUAAGUAGUGGUUACUUACAGUUUAAAUUGAAACCUGAAAAAUUGAAGUUCACCAUGUUGAAUUCUGAGUCAUUCAGAAAUUGUACCAUAUCAGCUAAAUGUUUAACAGAUGCGGAUAUGACAGCACCAAAGUUGGUGGUUUCUAAGUUAGAAUAUGAUUACAAAAAUUAUUGUAGAACAAUGAAAUCUAUGGAGGCGUUGAUUGAGGACAUUUUGGUGAAUGUCUAUUUUGAAAUACAUAGAGAAGCGAAUUUUAAAGGUGCCUCAGAAAUUAAGAGUAAUGUUUUAGUCACUGGAUUAAGUGGCUCAGGAAAAUCCUCACUCUGCCACAUUAUACAAAAGGAGCUGACCGUCUGGUCGCAUAUUCUCCACUGUCGGUCUCUGAAGGGUCGUAAGGAUAUUCCUGACGUGCUCGGCAAGGCAAUACUGAUGUGCCAGGAGCACAGUCCUGCUGUACUUAUCUGUGAUGAUAUCGAUUCGUUGGUACCUCCGAAUAUGGAAGGAGCCUCGCCCCAGGAUAUAGCAUAUUAUCAGAGGUUAGCGGUAGUGAUCAAACAUUUGUUACAAACAUGUUCGGGUGUGUGCGUGUUGAUGACAUCACUCAGUAUGAAGGCACUUCACCCCACACUGAGGCAGUUCAGUGGGAAGCCAAUGUUCACAGCUCAUUUUGAUAUAUUAGAAAUUGAAAAGGAAGAUAGAAUAGAGCUUUUCAAGCAUUUUCUUAACGAUAAAUUGCGACAAGAGUUUUUAAUAGAAGACGAUGACGUCAUCAAGUUGGCCAUUGACACCGCUGGCUGCUCCGUCAGAGACAUCACUGACUAUCUCAAUAAGAAGAUAUUCAAAGCUGUUAAGAAAAAACGAAGCCACCCAGACGACCCGAAGCCUCGUCUAAUAGAAGACGUGACGAAAGACAAAGAGAAAGCCAACGAGUUCGACAUAUGGGGCCCAGUGGGGGGAUUGGAACAAGUUAAACAAGAACUAACCGAGUGCAUAUUCUGGCCUAUCAUGUACCCAGCGCUGUUCCCGUCGCAGUCCUGCGGGAUCCUCCUGUACGGCCCGCCGGGUACGGGCAAGUCCCAUAUUGGUUCAUGUCUGGCUCGUCUCACCAACAUGAACAUGAUCACUGUGAAGGGACCCGAGCUGCUCUCCAAGUACAUAGGACAGAGUGAGAAAGCAGUUCGGGAUGUAUUUGACAAGGCGGAUAUGAAGCGGCCAUGCAUACUGUUUUUUGAUGAGUUCGACAGUCUCGCGCCCAAACGCGGGCACGACUCCACGGGCGUCACGGACCGCGUGGUGAACCAGCUGCUGGCGCGGCUGGACGGGGCCGAGGGCGGCGCGCGCGGGCCCGUGCUGGCCGCCACGUCGCGCCCCGACCUCGUGGACCCCGCUCUGCUUCGCGCCGGACGACUGCAGAGGCAUAUUUACUGCCAACUGCCCGAUCAGAAUGACCGCUACGAAGUUCUGCGUACAUUAGCCAAGAAUGUAACCCUGGAUGAUGAAGUAGAUCUUCAGGAGAUUGCUGUAGCGACCGAGGGUUACUCCCCAGCGGAUCUGAAGUCCAUCCUUGUCACCGCACAGUUGGCUAGAUUAGAAAAACAACUCAUAGCGAACGAAGACAAGUCAGACAUGGAGUCAGUGGUGGUAUACCGGGAGGACAUCGAAAGUGCUUUGGAGGAGACUAAACCGUCGCUAUCCAAGGAACAGAGGCUAUUCUAUGAUAUGAUAUACAGAAGGUUCAGAGGCGAGAGUCUCACCCCAGAACAGAAACUUAUAUCAACAUUGCAGCAGAAACAAAGAGUUACACUUGCUUAA